AUAUUUUAUGACGUAGGAGUACGAAUAUUAAUAAAACGUUCUAUAAACAUCCAAAUAUUCUUAGAACAUUUAUAGACAACCAUAGAACGUUCUGUGCUAUUUGGGUAUAUAUUUCGAGUACAAUUUUUCUGGAAGGAUAUUUUGGAACCUAAUCUAAAAAUAAGAAAUAGAAACAUGGCAUGGUGCGUUUGCCAUUUCCCAAUGGAUGACUCCGUAGAAGUUAUCCCUAGUAACUGGAUAACUAAUGACAAUCAAUGUGUGUGGCCGUUAACAAAAAAACCAACUAAAUUAUUGGAAUUUAUUAAAAAAAAAGAAACUCCAAAAGAUGAUUGGAAAACCUUAACUCUCCGAAUUUUAGGACGAUAUGAUGAUUAUAAAACAGCUCAAAAAAAAUGCAAAACAGCAAUAGACAAAGAUAAUCUGUCAUCACUAUCUGAAGCUGCUGAAUAUAGACGUCGUAUUCACAAAAAUAGAAAAAGAGAUAGUGAUACGGACGAGGAGAGCGAAGAGGAAUCGUUCAUUAAUUUUCCUACAUACAAUCCAGAUAAUACUGUUUCUUCACCAAAUUUAGCACAUAUAGAUUUAAGUAAUGAAGCUCACAGUAAAACGAAUCAAUUUACAAGCAAAAAGAUAAAAUCUGAUACUGUUUUAAAUGAGGUUCAUAAAAAUAUUAAAAAACAAGCAAAUGAAAUGAAAGAAUUUCAACGUCAAGUUCUAAGACACUUGCAUAGUAUUAACGCCCGAAUAGGGGAAUUAAAUGAGCAUGUAGAUUCGUUAAAAUCUAAUCUUCUUGAUAAUGAAGAAAAUUCUCACCAAACUAUUGUAAAUGAAGAUUCAAUAAAAUGCAUAGAAGAUUUGCCAAUUAAGUCAAAACUUGAGCUUGAAGAAAUUGAAAGAGUUUUGCAAGAUAAGCAAAUAUUCCAUGAUGUGGCUACAGAAUUAUCGAAAAUGGGCGGUACUAACCUAAGGAUUAUUGUUAAAAAAAUAAUGUGCCGAAUUUUGACUCCCGAAGUUGGAAGAGAUUACAGCUGGGAGAGACACAAAGGAAACCUGAUUUUCAAAGACUUGAUCCUGGCAAAAUUAGUCCUUAAAUCCGCAAGACUCACAACAAAGAAAAACCAGGAUAACAUUACUGAUCAUGAAAUUAUCAAUGCAAUUAAAACUUGGUUGGUUAAAGCCAAGUUAAAAACAAAACAAGAAAAUGAAGCGAAUCGACCAGUGUCAAAUGAAGCCAAUGAACCAGUACCAAAUGAAGCCGUGUAAAAUUCAACGUGAGAUUGCAAACAUUUAAUAAUAUACAGAGUGAUUCUCCAACAACUUCGGUGUCCUUGUAAGUACGUGUUUUUUAGUAAAUUCUGAGAUAAUCUUUCUUAUACAAAAAUUUUGUCUCGCGCUUACUUUUUGAAUUAUAACAGGAUAAAGUUAGCGAAUUACGGGCCAUGUAGACAUGGAAAGCAGAGGCGGCGCAACUCAUCGUUCGAUGCGGGCGCUUACGCGGGGCACUCUUUGCGACUAGCUCUGUCUGGCAAUGAGAAUUCUGUUUCACAUAGACUCCCCCCAUCUCCUUGUCCCCUUUUCACUCUUUCUGUAUCUCAGCAUGUCUAACUGUCUUUCUGAAUGUCUAUCUCUCUGCGUGUCUGUCUGUCUCUCUGCACGUCUGUCUGUCUUUCUGCACGUCUGUCUGUCUCUCUGCAUGUUUCUCCGUCUCUCUUCAUGUCUCUUUGCAUGCCUGUGUAUUUCUUUGCAUGUCUGUCUGUCUGUCUGUCUCUCUGCAUGUUUGUUUAUCUGUCUCUUUACAUGUUUCUCUGUCUUUCUUCAUGUCUCUCUGCAUGCCUGUGUAUUUCUUUGCAUGUCUGUCUGUCUGUCUUUCUGCAUGUCUGUUUGUCUGCAUGUCUCUCUUCCUUUCUGUUUCUCAUGUGAAUCAGAAUAAUUCUCAUUGUCAAACAGCUGAUCGUAAAGAGUGCCCCGCGUAAACGUCCACAUCAGACAGU